AUGGAGGCGGGUGAGUUGAGGUUUUUACAACUGCAUGAACUUGAUGAACUUCGAUUGCAAGCUUAUGACAAUUCUAGGCUCUAUAAGAAGAGGACUAAAGUUUGGCAUGAUCGUAAGCUUCGGAUGAAAGAUUUUAAGGUUGGUGAUAAAGUGUUGUUGUUCCUUUCUAAGUACAAGUUUAAACAACCUAAAUUGACCUCUAGAUGGACUGGACCGUUUGUUAUUAAACAUGUUUAUCCUACGGGGUAUGUGGAAUUAUUUAGGUCGAAUGGAACGUCAUUUAUAGUUAAUGGUCAAAGAUUAAAAGUGUAUCAUGAAGAAGAGGAUGUGAUGGGAGUUGUAGUGGGUUCAAUGAGUGAUUGUAGGAAUGAGUCUACCUAA